UUUCAGGAUGAAUUAGGGGGUCAGGAAGAAGAAGGACAUGAGGAAGAAGAGGAAAAAGAGGAAGAGGAAAGUCCCCUGCAGGAGCCACCUGGCAAUCUGGACAAUAUUCAGUAUGAGGAUCCAUUAGCAGAUGUCUUGAAGCAGCGAUAUCGUACAGUGCGGGAGCAGCUGGCGGCAGUGAAGAAACGGAAAGCUCUGUUGGAGAGUAAAGGAGUGUCAGUACCUCCACCCUGCCCUCAACGCCCCUCCAGCCCCAUAACAUCCUUGACCAUGAACACAGCUCAGAAGCUACAGCUACAGCAGCAGAUCCAGCAGCACGUGCAGCUCCUCACGCAGGUGAACAUGUUGUGCAGUUCGGUUAAAGGUCUGGAGACAGAGGCUUCAACAAGCAGACAGUUCUUGUUGGAGCUGCAGAUGUUUGCCCAGCAUGGAGACCAAACCUGCGGUCCAGUAGAGCAUGGCUUCACCAGCAUCUUCAAAGCCUGCAACCUUCAGGGUGCUAUUUCUCUUCUGGAGGAACUAGAUCAGUCACCCAAAGGAGACUCUACAGUCUCGAGUCCAUGUUUCCCUGGUAAUUUUUCUAAACAU